AUGGCUAUUCCACAGCGAAUCGCGCCCUCUGCCGAGACUCUCAGGGAGUUCUACGUCGGCAAGGAUGUGAGAGACGUUCCGAAGCCGGCAGUAGUAUUGGAUGCGGCCAAGGUCAGGACGCACUGCCGGUCCAUGUUGGAAGCUGUCGAUGAUCUGGGAGUCGGAUUUCGAUUCCAUGUUAAGACUCACAAGACCAGAGAAGUCACAAAGCUCCAGGCAGGCGAGAAGGCAACAAAGAUCAACUGCAUCGUAUCAACCGUAGCAGAGAUUGAGCAUCUCCUCCCAACCUUCAAAGAGUACAAAGACGCCAGCCGCCAUGUCAACGUCCUCUACGGCGUUCCCCUUCUCGGUUCCCAGAUUGAGCGCCUCGCCACAUUAAGCCAAGAGCUCGGCAAGGACGGACUCACGGUCCUUGUCGACCACCCUUCCCAGCUAGACUCAAUUAGUCGGCUCCAUGAUCUAAGCGGUCUCCCAGUGGGCGUCUAUCUCAAAGUAGACACGGGAUAUCACAGGGCAGGGCUUCCCGCCACGGCUCUCAACAAGGGCGGCCUGCUAGAGCAGCUUAUGCAACUGGACGCGCAAGGCAAAGCGACCUUGGUGGGGCUGUACUCACACAGCAGUCUCAGUUAUAAGGAUGACACCGCUGACCAAGCGAUGCACAAUCUCGCUGGGGAGAUCGAGGGCUGUCUGGAAGCCCUCCACGCCAACGAAAGUCUCCUCGCGGCCAACGCCUCGAGAGAAAUCACUAUUAGCGUUGGCGCGUCUCCUCAGGUCACGGCCAUCGAGAACCUCACGGGCGCCACGGCGAUCAGCGGGUCCGGCGAAGCGCGUCUUCGGGCGGCUAUCGGCAAAGUCCAAGCUGGGUCGCCGACUGUGAAGUCGACGCUCGAACUCCACGCCGGGGUAUAUGCUUUCCUCGAUAUGCAGCAAAUUUCUACCCAUUCGCGGACUGCACUAGGGAGCUAUGAAGACGAGGUUGCCAUCUCCGUUGUAGCCGAAGUUUGCAGCGUCUACAAUGAUGGCGAGCGGGAGAGGCCAGAGGCUCUCGUCGCUGUUGGUGUGCUGGGUCUCGGGAGGGAGCCCUGCCCUUCUUAUCCGGGCUGGGGCGUCGUCGGGCGGCAGCCCGAGUUUGAAGCUGCGGGAGAACGGAGGCUUAUCGUGGAUAGGAUCAGUCAGGAGCACGCUAUUCUCUCGUGGGAGGCUGACGCUGGAGCGAACUCUGAUCUACCGCAGAUCCCGCUCGAGGUUGGUCAGUCUGUCAGUAUCUACCCAAACCAUGCAUGUGUUACCGGUGCUCUGUAUGGUUGGUACCUUGUAGUCGACUCGAGCAAGUCUAGCAAGACCGAGAUCGUGGAUGUUUGGGUUCGGGGAUCGGGGUGGUGA